GGAGCCGCAGCGAGCCGACGUUCUGCUAAAUCCCAGCACGGCUGAAUCUGGCACGAGCUACAGCUUUGCUGUUCUCCAAGGAGGAGAAGAGGGGAAAGAAAACACGCGUCUCUGUGGGAGACACACACACACACACGCGCGCGCACGCACGCGCGGACACGCUCACCCACCGCUCCAUUCUCACACACGCGCGCACAUACACCGAGCAGCAAACAGUCUCUCUCUCUCUCGCUCACCCACUCUCCGUCCCCCUCCCUUCAACACUCUCACACACACGCACACGCAGAGACACACACACACACACACACACACACACACACGCACGCACACACACUCACACACACACACACACACACACACUCACACACACACACACCACUACAGUAUAUCAGCUCGCGACUAGCGGAGAGACGGAGGGGAGAGCAGAAAUGAAUGUGAAGAUUCUGACGUUGGCGGUCGUGCUGCUGCUGUCUCUGCUGUGUUCAGCUCGUGCUGCUCCUGUGGCAUCCACAGAGCACAGCAAGGAACUGGAGGAGGUGAACAGCAUGCGGGCCCCUGCACGGCAGAGCCCUGCCCGAGCCGGCCGGAACCAAAGACCCGCCGGCUGGAGGAGGAGACGCCCACGACCCCGUCUGUCCCACAAGGGGCCCAUGCCGUUCUAGAGCAAGGCAAUACUUAGGACGCCCUCCCCCUCGGUUCUGAUUUCGACGCUCUUCCUUUACCUUGGGGGGGCCUGGCAAGACGGGGCCCUUGUCAGCCUGGCCUGAAGAGUGAUGUCCAUAGCACCUGCUGGUUGAAGCAGCACUUCUGCCCACCAAAUACCAGGACAAGCCUCACUCUCAGCUCUCUGAAGAAGGGUGGGGUGGGGUGGGAUAUCGAGCCCGAACUACCAGAUUCUGUCUCUCUGUCUGUCCAUCUCUCGCUCUCUCUAUCUCCCUCUCCUGCUGUGGUUUUCCCCUCAUACGCUUUUUAGAGCUCUUUCAUUGCCACGCUUUGCAUGACGUGCGAGCGCCAGGGAACCCGGCCCACGGAGGGUCUUGGAAAGCGCUGCGUUCUCAGCGGAGGCGUGAUAAUCCCAGUCCCCGCCGUGUAAAGGUGACGGCUGUUCUUUGUUCCAUUGCUGUGUUGUGGCGACGUCUGCUGAGGGUGAUGGUAAUGAGAGAAUGUGACGGGAAUCUGAAGGUGAAAGCAUGAUUCAACACUUCACCGCUCCUCCUAGCCAGGCCAGCCACUUCUACAACAUAACAAAUGUGACAUUUCCGUUUAUUUUAUUUUUUAUUUUUUUUCAUAUGUCUAUUGCAACACUAAGGAGAAUGUCUUUUGAAAUAAGCAGCUUGUCAUUUUUUGUGUCAAUGUUAUUUAGUUACCACUGCUGAUUAUAUAAGUACCUCUGACUUUUUUUUAUGCCACUUUGCAUUAAAAGAAUAUGAUCAGGUCAAAAGUAAACAGAAAUCUAUGGCAUAUGGAUUGCUUUCAUUUCAACAUGCAUUUACAUCCGGAAUGCAUCCGGAAUGCUUCUUAAGACUGUGCCACUCAGAGCUGGCAAAGCAUUACCCAGUAGACACGCCGGGGGUCGCUUCACGGGAUCCCCCUUCUCCGCUAAGCUGUGUGUGAUCGUCUGUCCCGAGCCCCGCCUUUCUCCCCGAGUCCACACACGACUGUUACCUGGUGCAGCAGACCAGCUCUCCUUUUAAUGAAGUGCCAAAUCCUGAAUCUGCUAAAUGUCGCUCCCGGGAGACCACAACCGAGAAAGGCAUGUUACUUCUUAUUCUGAGUCUCGACACACCUUGCCAAGAAGUUUGCAUCUCGCCGUUAGUUGCAGAAAGGCAACGGUAGCAAAGAGGAUAGUUUAAAGAAAUAAGACCGAAAUACUUCUGAAAUCCCCAUUUCCAGUGCUCGUCUCUGAUUGGUUAGCUGAAGGCUGGGUGGGCCCCCUCGAUAACUUUGAUUGACAACAACAUGCCUUUAUUUUACAUCAUACCAGACCUUAUGACCUUUUUUAUUUUAUUUUUGUUAUCUUUGAGUUAUUUUUCUCAGGGUGCUGUUAGCGAAUCUUGUAUUGGAAUGGUCUAUAUUUUGUGCAUUUAUUUAAGAAAAACAGAAACAUAAAAAUACACAGACAUGCAAAGUACAGUAUACAUACAUAUAUAUGAAUAAAUAAAUAUAAAUAAAUCAAUAAUUGUAUGCCACUGUCCUUCUGUGUCUUAACACUGGUUCCCUGCAGCACAGGUGGCCAUUGCUUUGAAUGCUCUGGUCAGUAAAUCCCACUGCUGAUAUAUUUCAGAGGGACCUCACUCAAAGUGAGCUGGGCCCAAGACCCUCCACCUGCGUAAUGCUCCGUACACCACGGUAAACCAAUGAGGUAACCACGGUAACCCAGUGAGGUAACCACGGUAACCCAGUGAGCAGAUAUCCCCACCGUGCAUCUUUCCAUUGUGCUUGCUGUUUCCCUUCCUUUCUGUAAAUCUUACUGCAGCUGUAAUGCGGAGACAUUUCGGAUCUUAUGAGACUGUUUCCUAUGUUCGGGAUCGCGAUGCUCGGUCCGACAGCCAGAUUGGCAUUUUAACGCUCACCACUGAGACAUUUCUCCCUGUGACAUUGGAACUCUUAAUAAUGAGAGGCAGCGCUGAAACACACAGCCAAGCCCACCUUGAUUAAAGACGUAUCAAAUCUGAGGAUUCUGUGAAUACUAAUAAUUCCAGUCUCAUCAUUAUCCUUUAGUAUCCUGUCAGACAGAGAUGUAGAUUUCAUUAAUGCACCAUCGGAAUGAGACAGCUCUGAUGCGUUAGCAGGGCAGAAUUCCGAAGAGAUGAGCUAGUUUCCCAUCUGUGAUGCCGGAUCUGUCGAGAUACAGCUGAAGGGAUCAAACCGCCAGGGUUCGAAUCACUAUUUUGUGUGUGGGAAGCUGCUGUCGGAGGUGCAGAGUAACGUCAGUACUCCUCCUGAUGGUGUUUUCACCAUCUGCACCAGCUGAGAUGCCCGUGCAAGGACUGCUGAAAAAAAGCAGCAUUGCAGCACAAUUCAGACCUUGAAUCUGUAAUAAAUAAACGAAUAGAUAGAUAGAUAGAUAAAUAUAUCCCCAUCACUGCUACACAGCCCCCUCAGUGAUGGCUAUCUGUUGGAUCACACGUCCGAAGACAAACACGCCGUCGUGCAAGGCCUGUCACAGCAGAGGUCCUGACCAGUCCCUUGGCUCUGUGCCAGAACCUCUCUGCCACUUCCAUUACGCCGUGGGGAAAAGUGACCCCUGAACACGCGUCUCUUGGCAUGUGAUGGUUUUCCAGUGUAUCGUGACAGUUUUAUUGACUGAUUCUUGUCUAGCUGGUUGUCCAAAGCUUACUUUUGAAUACAGUGUGGAAAGCUGUAUUUUAUUCGUGUGUGUGUGUGUGUGUAUGCGUGUGGUCGUACUACAAAAAAAUAAAAAAAUUUAAAAAAGGAUAGAGAAUUAUUCUGCUACAUAACAUGCAGUGGACAUUUUCCUCCACUACCUGGCGUAGCACAUAGUCUGGAUCAGCACAGCACGUUAAUGAAGUCUGUGGUAAAACAACCAAAACAAAACAGAACAACCGUGUCCAGUAUCGGACCCGAAACUGGAGACCAAUAAUUCCAGUCUGAGAGCGAGAGCCUGUUCUCUGCGUGGUCCCUCCAGCAAAGCUCAGUCCGGUGCAACCUCUCCACUCCCUCCUGUGUUUUUGCCUAAUUCGCGCUUUUCUGUUGAAUCAUGAUGCGCCUGGGUAGCUUGAGCAUGUUCUGAUUGGUUGGUUCCCAGAGCUCCUCAGUUUGGGGUUCAGCUUGAUAAAGAGCUGUGCAUGUAUACCUGGGAUUGCGUGAGUGGGUGGAGGUGUGUAUGAUGAGAAGACAGCCAUGGCAGGUGAAACGUAGAAUCUUCAGUCCCUAAGGCCUGAGUUUCAGAUAACUGAGAGAAAUUGCAAAGAGUGUUGGCAGUACACAACAGUUUGCUUUGACGGGCGUUUUCUUUUGUACUGGACUCGUGAUUGCUUUUUUUUCCCCUACUCUCCUAGUCAUUAUCGAGUUUUAACCAUCGUCGGUCUGAUGCUUGAUCAAGACAGGCAACAGAAAAUGACCGACACGCAACACAUUUGAAUGCUUGCUUGUGACAAGCCUGUCAGUGUGCAUGUGCAGUGCUGUAUCUGGAGGAUCACGUAACUGAAAAUCGACCCCAUAUAAUCACACAUGCCCAUGAAUUGACCAAUCAAUCACCCUCUGGGUGAGGGGCUCGAGACUCCACCCGUACUGGCGAAAGCUCAGUGUGGUUCUAACACAUCCCUUCAUACACAUGCCCACCAACUCUUCUUCAGUAGCCUGAGGAUACCGGCACGGCCCCCAGACGGCCCCCAGACGGCCCUGGCCUAGCAGCAGUAUUGCAAGGUUGUGCGGUAAACACUGUAAAGACAAGGUAUUAACCCUCGUAUCUCCUGUGCGAGGUGUGUGCUCCCAGAACUCGCCAGACCAAGUGUACAGUCUCUGUCUCUGUUUUGAUGUUAAACUGGGCAAAAAUACAUGAAUAAAUAAAUGAAUAAAA